UCAUUAGACACGUCACCCGAGGUUACAGCAGUUCGAGAGGAAGCGUUGCGGAAUCAACAAGUGGCCUUUUUUUGUGUUCAGGUAACUCGUAUUCAGUAUCGUAGAUAUUCAGAUAAUUUUCCAAGACAGAAGGCAUCUUUUUCAAGAAUGGGUUGGUGUGCGAUACAUUUGGCAAUUUUAGCAGUUGUGAUGACAAGCAUCUGUGCAGACAUGAUGCGGAAAAGCAUUGUUUUCGACGAAAAGAAUCCUAAAUAUUUCUAUUGUCCCCAAGAAAAGCCAAAAGGGAUGAACAAGAUGCUAGUGAAGGCCAGGCCUAUUGACAAGUUGUGCGAGUACGAAGGACAGCCACCGAAAGAAUUCAAAUCGGACUGCUACAAUGACAUUGACGAGUCUGAUUACGCAUGCGCCGAAAAGGAAAGGAUUAUGAUGAGACUUAAUCCACCUAAUGACACAGAAACCACGACUAUGCCGACUACAACAGCCAAGACAUACUACAAGACGAAACCCAAGAAAUUGUAGAAUUCCAUUAACUUUUAUUAACACAGGAAACUUAUGGCAGCUAUCAAAUUGCAUUAAUUUAUGACUUAUUUUUUAUUUAUGUUUACAACUAUCCUUCACAAUUUCGUGUUGUUAAUAUUUUAUUUUUUAUCUUUAACUACUCUUUUUUAUGUUUUUUUUUUGUGUGUUGGAAAAAACACAGUGGGCAGUUUUAGUAUCUGUGAUGUAUUUUUGAAAAUGGAGGAUCAUUAAACUUAUGCUUUUGUAA